AUGAUUUGUUUCUUAUUUUCACUGGAAGAUAUAGGAACCUUGCUAAGGUUCACACAACUGACACUGCUGUCUGUGUAGACCCUAUUCUUUGAGGCAAGCUGUUCACCAUCUCUUGUUCCAAAUUUUUCCAUCUCAGACAAAUUAGGUAAAGUUGAGAGGGAAAAUGAUUUGCUCUUAGUAUACUAAGUAAUAUUAGUUGCCACUUAUUUGCUUUUGCAUACAAAUGUAACAUCCAGGAAAUCCCAAGAAGAGCUUAGAACAAGGAAAGCAGCAUAUUAAACUGUUAAGUAUGAAUCCUAAAGGCGGACAUAGCCGACUACAACAGCUCAUAGGCUCAUGAAUAUCGAAGGCAAUGAAUAAUUUCUUGUUCUUUUCAUGGAUCAGUUCUACUCUCACUGAAGUUUUGCUGCUGAAUCUGGUAGUAGCAAGAGCAACAUUUUCGCUAAAGUAUAAUAGAACUAUUAUGCAUACAAUACUUAGAGUACUCUUCCUCUUGCUGAUAUUAAUAGUUGUAUAAACCUCUCAGUUGUUGUAAUUGAAUUCGGUUUCCUGUCCUUGUUACAGAAGGCAGGCAAGCUUUCCUCAUGGUUUACAGGCCAAGAGCUGAGAGUUUGUGCAAAGUCCUGUGAAACAGAAUUAUAGAUUGGCUUCUUAUUUGAUAGUCAGGAGUUCCAACCUCUUAGCUAUAGUGUCAAAUUGUCAUACUUAACUGUAAUUUGGAGCCACUACACCUGGAUCUCAGAACUUAGAAAGAAACUAAGAUACCUAUAACUGAGUAAUUUAUUGUACAGUAAGAUGAUUUUUGUGCACAUUUAAAUGAAACGGAGGAUAGAGGCACACAGGCAGUGAAAAGUGCUCACAGUUACAAUGCUGUAGGCAGAAAUGCCUAAAGUCUCUUGGCUUGUUUUUGACUAUGUUUUUGCUUUUUCAGAUGUUUAUGGUGAUCUAUUUCCAAGUAUGACAACAGCAAAGGAGAAAGACUGCUGAUGGAAAUUUAACAGGAGGGCAGCAGAAGCUGUCAAACUGAUCAAAGGUAAAGUCCUGGAGCAGAAGGAGGAUUUGAACCCGGUCCCCGUUGCCUUUGCGGAACAACAGCCGCUCUCUGCUUGUUCAGCCAUGAUCUGGGAAAGAGCCUUACAAAAAAAAUCAGUGAUAUGCCUGCAUGGAGCUCAUUGCAAGAUCUGAGACUACACGAUUCUGAGUCUGCUUCUCCACGUGGCACAUUGGAGUUUCUAACUGGCACCAUUACCUCCAACGAGUGGAGUUCUCCCACCUCCCCUGAGGGGAGCAACGACUCAGGGGGCAGUGAGGCCUUGGACAAACCAAUUGACAAUGACGCUGAGGGUGUAUGGAGUCCAGACAUUGAGCAGAGCUUCCAGGAAGCGCUAGCCAUCUACCCACCAUGUGGACGACGGAAGAUUAUCUUGUCAGACGAAGGCAAAAUGUAUGGCCGAAACGAGCUAAUUGCCCGCUAUAUUAAGCUGAGAACAGGGAAAACACGCACAAGGAAACAGGUAUCUAGUCACAUCCAGGUCCUGGCAAGGCGAAAAGCUCGAGAGAUCCAAGCCAAGCUCAAGGAUCAGGCAGCUAAAGAUAAGGCCAUGCAAAGUAUGGCUACAAUGUCAUCUGCCCAGAUUAUCUCUGCAACGGCCUUCCAUAGUAAAAUGGCCUUGCCUGGUCUUCCACGACCAGCCUACCCUGCUGUUUCUGGGUUUUGGCAAGGAGCUUUGCCAGGCCAAGCUGGAUCUUCCCAAGACGUGAAACCUUUUUCUCAACAACCCUAUGCUGUACAACCUCCUCUUCCAUUACCAGGGUUUGAGCCUCCUACUGGUCUCUCACCUUCCCCAUCAGCACCAACUUGGCAAGGACGAAGGGUUGCUAGCUCCAAACUUUGGAUGUUAGAAUUCUCUGCAUUCUUGGAACAACAACAAGACCAAGAUACAUAUAACAAACAUCUGUUUGUGCACAUUGGGCAGUCAAGCCCCAGCUACAAUGAUCCCUACCUCGAGGCAGUGGAUAUUCGGCAGAUCUAUGACAAGUUCCCUGAGAAAAAAGGGGGCCUGAAGGAGCUCUUUGAAAGGGGGCCAGCUAAUGCCUUCUUCCUUGUCAAAUUCUGGGCUGAUUUGAACACCAAGAUUGAAGAUGAAUCCAGAUCUUUCUACGGCGUUUCCAGCCAAUAUGAGAGCCCUGAAAACAUGGUCAUUACCUGUUCCACUAAAGUAUGCUCUUUUGGAAAGCAGGUGGUGGAGAAAGUGGAGACAGAGUAUGCACGCUAUGAAAAUGGACACUAUUCCUAUCGCAUCCACCGCUCCCCUCUCUGUGAAUACAUGAUUAACUUCAUCCAUAAACUCAAGCACCUCCCUGAGAAGUAUAUGAUGAACAGUGUGCUGGAGAACUUUACUAUCUUACAGGUUGUGACAAACAGGGACACACAGGAGACCUUGCUGUGCAUAGCAUAUGUUUUUGAGGUGUCAACUAGUGACCAUGGUGCCCAGCAUCACAUCUACCGUCUGGUGAAGGACUAGAGACUCUCUGCCCCAGAUCAUCCAUGGGAUAUAUGUCUGAGGAAAGAGUUCAUGCUUGAACAUCCCCCACUAUCAAAUCAAAAAAUAAACUGCAGAUAUUGUGUAUUUUCAGAGAA